UCAUUUCAGACGCAGAGCAAAGAGGAUGUCUCUGCAGCUCUGAUAUAAUUACAUUUUUAAGAGAACAGGACGCAAGGAGCAUGGCUCUCGAGAAAAUCAUCCGUGAAUCCCUUACAGGCUUCAUACAAUGUCAUAUCCCCCAUGCUGACCUCAGUGCACUGGAUGAAGUGUUUUAUGCCUAUGCCACUGGAGUCUUGGAAGAGCUGGGGUCUCAGAACUCAUCAGAAGAAGAUUUUGAAAUGGAAUCUUUUGUAGAAAUGCUGGAGGCUUAUAUUCCAGGAUUUUCUGAAAUUAGCAGUGGGAAAGUAUACGAUAUGUUGUUUGAACUCUCGAGGAGGUUGAGUGAAGCACGUGGCAAAGAAAAUGUUUCUUCUAAACCUACUGCUGAAGUUUCAUUUAUGACACCUACAUCUUCCAGCACGGAAUCCAGCAAAAAAAUUGAAACAGAACCAUUAGAAGGAGCAGUGGCACAGGAAAAAGAUGAUGCUAAAAACGGCAUUGAUCUGCUCCUGGAAAUCUUCCCAUCAUGCACUGUAAGCCAAGCUCAGACAGCCCUAUCUAUGGCAAAGGGGGACUUGGAAGAUGCAGUACAGAUUAUUGUGGAUGGAAAGGUGAUUGCUGACAAUCAUUCUGGAUCAAAGGAUUUGCAAGGAGCUCCAAAAACAGAUGAUCUAAAAGACUUUAUUUUACAAAAAUACAUGCUGGUGGACACAGAAGAUGACAAAAAAACCUACAGACCUGUUGCACCAAAAGAGGCUCCCAAGAAAAUGAUUCGGUACAUUGAUAAUCAAGUGGUUAGUACAAAGGGGGAGCGCUACAAAGAUAUAAAGAAGCCUGAAAGUGAGGAGAUGAAGAAAACCUAUAUAAAUCUCAAGCCAGCUAGAAAAUACAAGUUUCAUUGACUGGUUUUGAGCCGGUACAUCUUUGCUACAGUACUGUGACUGGGGGGGACUGCGUUACAUUUACUUACUGGAAAAAUGACUUACACAUGUGGACUUGUUGAAACUGAAUGGCUUGCUAAUUUUAUCAUUGUUGCAUUUCUUUAGUACCCUGGGACUGAAAUUCCCAGUUCAGCAAUUACUGGCAUGAUCAGGUGAGCUGCUACUGACUUCACAGCGGUACUAAUGAGUCCACCCCUGCUCACUGCAGAGCUCUUGGGCCUAGAACUGAAAUUCAACAGGACUGUCAAAUGUAGAGUAAUCUGCCACAUUGGUACCAGACUGUAUUUUGUAUGUAUAAACGAUAUGGUGCUACUGUAUAAAAAGUGUGUGCACCAGAGGUUUGAGACCUUUAUUUUACACUGAGUGGACUUGGCAAAGUCCUUUGAACAAAAAGCCUCUCUGUAGAACUUCCUUAGAAACUGGCUGAUAGUAAAACUGUAAAAUAAUUUCUUAUGCAAUUGUAUUAAUUAUGGCAGUUCCUGUGUUUUGCUACACUGGCUCCUCUCCUUGUUUAUAACAAUCAUUUACACAGCCAACACUGAUUUGCACUGGGAAAUUUUCUGUGUUGCCUUUUAAAUCCACCAGGGUUAAUAUUGGCAGAAAUGAGUGGCAGCAUAUAAAAAUGGCUGUUGCUUUUCUCUGCAGUUGCUUCAUAAUGGGCUGGACUCGUAUCACAGAUUAUAGUGAUGCAGGCUAAAAUGCUUGCAGAUUUAUAGAUAACUGCUAUAUCUUCUGCAUUUUCACCAUUCUUCACUAGAUGCUCUGAGCAGAUCAAUGUCCUCAACUCUUCUGUAAGGGUACAAUGUCACAUGACCAGUGGAGAAAACUGCAGUCUGCCUUGAUGCACAGUAUUUUGAGGAAGCACAAGCAUGGUUUCUGUCUGUCAGUGCUCACAUGAGGCAAAUCCCUGACUGCGGAUUUUCAGGGCAAAAUCCUCCCUUAGUUUACUCAGACAAGAGGAUGCUGUUCCAAUAGGGAGAAAUCCAUAGGUUGACUAGGGCAUUAUCAGAGUGACCUUAUUACUACUUGUUUAUAAGUUUUUACAUAUACUAUGUGUAAGAUUAUGUGAUAAAAGUACAGCUGAAUAUCAUGACCUGUCAUUUUGUUAUACAUCUGUGAAUUCUUAAGCAAUACAUAGUUCGGAUGUGUGAUGCAAACAAAAAUCCAUCUGUAUAUAAAAAAUGAAUACCUUUACUUUUAAAUGGAUACGUGUACAGUUUUUUCUCUUAAAACCACUUUUGCCUCCAGCCAUACCUACUCACUUCCCCCACCCUGCAAACUCCAUCUUCCUUUUCUUUCCUUAUGCAGCCAUCUCAAGCGAUAGUCUUAGUGUGGGACAGUAUGUCCCUGAACAUUGCAUGGCUUUGCCAGGAAAAAGAUUUUGCUCUAACAUGUGCCUCCUGCCUAUCUGAUCCAUUUACUGGCCUUAACCAGCGUGUAAAGCUAAAAAUGUUACUGCCCCCAUAGUCGGCACAUCUGAUGAGUGAGUACAACCUCAGUCCUUUGUCUCCAAUGGCACUGAAACAUCAUUUCAACAGCUGGAUUGUCAUUUAAACAAUUGAAUAUUAAUUGUGAAUAAACGGAUAUUACAGGUGCCCGCAGCAUUUUCUAAACCUGUUACUUGGUGUUACUACUUUUCAAAACAUAAAGGUAACUAGAGGACAUCGUUUUUUGCUAAAAGUUCUGUUUUUGUAAGUUAUUGUUACUUGAAGUUCCAUAACCUGAUUUUCUCUGUCCCUUCUCAACCUGUCAGGUACAGCUUCUAAUGCUAACGGACUACUGCUGCACAAAUAUGGCAGACCCCUCAUAGAGGAACAUGGGGGAUCAGAUGGGCAAUGUAAAACCUAUUGCAAAAUUAUAAAUAGCAUGCAUAAACAAUCUUAUGAAAGUUGUAAAAAUAAGUUUUAAUUUCUGGUGUCCGUAUUUUUUUAAGCUAUUUCUCUUUUGUACAUAUUA